CCCUGCCCCUCCACUCCGGAACCUCCAUCUUUCUCCUGGACUGGGGUUUCUGGCGUCAUGCUCCUCCCUCCCACCCGCUUACGACACUACUUGUGGGGCUGGCUCGGUAGGCCCUGGCGGUGAAAUCCAGAUUUUUCCACCCCUCCCUGUCCUGUCCCAUAUCCGCAAUAUAGUUUUUCUCGGCCCCGUUCUUCCCAGUUUGUGGUCUCCAGAGUGACCUUCAAACGCUGUUGCCUCCUCGUAGGGUUUUAUAAAGCUAGUUCUAAAUGUAAAGAAAUCUGUGGAAAGCUCAAGUAAGUUAGGUGUUUUAAAACAAAUAAACGUAGUUAACAAUCGGACGGAUAGAUUGGCUACCCUCCAGCACGCCUCAAGUUUUAAGAUCACGUGAUUGGCCCAAACCUCAGAGCCUGGAAUUUUACCGGCGGACUCCAGAGGGACGGAACCCCACCACCAUUUCCUGUCCCUCGAUUGUGGCGUGAACGUCACUUCCUUAGCAAUGCGCUUUAACUCUUGCUGUCCACAUUUUCCACAUUGUACUUUAUAACAUAGUCUUUGUGAAAACUUAUCUUUUAUUUCUUUAAUCCAAGAAAAUUAAUAUUCAAGGGAUCCGUAAAAAUACAGGCCCGCCGAGAUGUAGUGCGCUGGGAUGGAGGAGGCAGGGCGGAGCUCGACAUCACGUGACUGGUUCCCCCCGCCACCCCGUGCAGCUGAGGACUUCCCCUCCGUGGUGACAGAGCCUCUGGGUCCUCGGUCGGUACAGUCUCUGCACCUCGCGCCCCAGCAGGUAAACGAACAUGGAUUUUUCCAAGCUACCCAAAAUACUCGAUGAAGAUAAAGAAAGCACAUUUGGUUAUGUGCAUGGGGUCUCAGGACCUGUGGUUACAGCCUGUGACAUGGCAGGUGCAGCCAUGUAUGAGCUGGUGAGAGUGGGCCACAGCGAGUUGGUUGGAGAGAUUAUUCGAUUGGAGGGUGACAUGGCUACUAUUCAGGUGUAUGAAGAAACUUCUGGUGUGUCUGUUGGAGAUCCUGUACUUCGCACUGGUAAACCCCUCUCUGUAGAGCUUGGUCCUGGCAUUAUGGGAGCCAUUUUUGAUGGUAUUCAAAGACCUUUGUCGGAUAUCAGCAGUCAGACCCAAAGCAUCUACAUCCCCAGAGGAGUAAACGUGUCUGCUCUUAGCAGAGAUAUCAAAUGGGACUUUACACCUUGCAAAAACCUACGGGUUGGUAGUCAUAUCACUGGCGGAGACAUUUAUGGAAUUGUCAGUGAGAACUCGCUUAUCAAACACAAAAUCAUGUUACCCCCACGAAACAGAGGAACUGUAACUUACAUUGCUCCACCUGGGAAUUAUGAUACCUCUGAUGUUGUCUUGGAGCUUGAAUUUGAAGGUGUAAAAGAGAAGUUCACCAUGGUGCAAGUAUGGCCUGUACGUCAAGUUCGACCUGUCACUGAGAAGCUGCCAGCCAAUCAUCCUCUGUUGACUGGCCAGAGAGUCCUUGAUGCCCUUUUUCCGUGUGUCCAGGGAGGAACUACUGCUAUCCCUGGAGCCUUUGGCUGUGGAAAGACAGUGAUAUCACAGUCUCUAUCCAAGUAUUCUAACAGUGAUGUAAUCAUCUAUGUAGGGUGUGGUGAAAGAGGAAAUGAGAUGUCUGAAGUCCUCCGGGACUUCCCAGAGCUCACAAUGGAGGUUGAUGGUAAGGUAGAGUCAAUUAUGAAGAGGACAGCUUUGGUAGCCAAUACCUCCAAUAUGCCUGUUGCUGCUAGAGAAGCCUCUAUUUAUACUGGAAUCACGCUGUCAGAGUACUUCCGUGACAUGGGCUAUCAUGUCAGUAUGAUGGCUGACUCUACCUCUAGAUGGGCUGAGGCCCUUAGAGAAAUCUCUGGUCGUUUAGCUGAAAUGCCUGCAGAUAGUGGAUAUCCAGCCUAUCUUGGUGCCCGUCUGGCCUCUUUUUAUGAACGAGCAGGCAGGGUGAAAUGUCUUGGAAAUCCUGAAAGAGAAGGGAGUGUCAGCAUUGUAGGAGCAGUUUCUCCACCUGGUGGUGAUUUUUCUGAUCCAGUUACAUCUGCCACUCUUGGUAUCGUUCAGGUGUUCUGGGGCUUAGAUAAGAAACUAGCUCAGCGUAAGCAUUUCCCCUCUGUCAAUUGGCUCAUCAGCUAUAGCAAGUAUAUGCGUGCCUUGGAUGAAUACUAUGACAAACACUUCACAGAGUUUGUUCCUCUGAGGACCAAAGCUAAGGAAAUUCUGCAGGAAGAAGAAGACUUGGCAGAAAUUGUACAGCUUGUGGGAAAGGCUUCUUUGGCAGAAACAGAUAAAAUCACUCUGGAGGUAGCGAAACUUAUCAAAGAUGAUUUCCUACAACAAAAUGGAUAUACUCCUUAUGACAGGUUCUGCCCAUUCUACAAGACAGUAGGGAUGCUGUCCAACAUGAUUGCGUUUUAUGAUAUGGCUCGUAGAGCUGUUGAAACCACUGCCCAGAGUGACAAUAAAAUCACAUGGUCCAUUAUUCGUGAGCACAUGGGAGAUAUCCUCUACAAACUUUCCUCCAUGAAAUUCAAGGAUCCACUGAAAGAUGGUGAGGCAAAGAUCAAAAGCGACUAUGCACAACUUCUUGAAGAUAUGCAGAAUGCAUUCCGUAGCCUUGAAGAUUAGAAGCCUUGAAAAUUAGAACUGUGAUUUCCUUUUCCUCAGCAAGCUCCUAUGUAUAUUUUCCUGAAUUUCUCAUCUCAAACUCUUUGCUUCUUUAUUGUGCAGCUUUGAGACUAGUGCCUAUGUGUGUUAUUUGUUUCCCUGUUUUUUUGGUAGGUCUUAUAUAAAACAAACAUUCCUUUGUUCUAGUGUUGUGAAGGGCCUCCCUCUUCCUUUAUCUGAAGUGGUGAAUAUAGUAAAUAUAUAUUGUGGUUACACUACUGUAAACUUGUAUGUAGGGUGAUGACCCUCUUUGUCCUACGUGUGCCCUUUCCUCAUCUCUAUUAAAUUGUAAACAGGACCACUGCAUGUACUCUCUUUGCAGUGAAUUUGGAAUGGAAGGCCAGGUUUCUAUAACUUUUGAACAGGUACUUUGUGAAAUGACUCAAUGUCUAUUGUGGUAAGCUCAUUGACAGCUUAGCAUUUUGCAAAGGAAUUGCUUUGCAGGAAAUAUUUAAUUUUCAAAAACAUAAUGAUUAAUGUUCCAAUUAUGCAUCACUUCCCCCAGUAUAAAUCAGGAAUAUUUGUGAGAAACUAUUGGGAACUAUACUCUUUUAUUUUUAUUUUUUAUUUAUUUUAUUAUUUCUUUUUUGGGACGGAGUGUCACUCUUGUUGCCCAGGCUGGAGUGCAAUGGCGCGAUCUUGGCUCACUGCAACCUCUGCCUCCCAAGUUCAGGUGAUUCUCCUCCCUCAGCCUCCCGAGUAGCUGGGAUUACAGGCAUGCUCCACCACGCCCGGCUAAUUUUGUAUUUUUAGUAGAAACGGGGUUUCACCAUAUUGGUCAGGCUGGUCUCGAACUCCCGACCUCAGGUGAUCUGCCUGCCCCGGCCUCCCAAAGUGCUGGGAUUACAGGUGUGAGCCACCGCGCCUGGCCAGGGACUAUACUCUUUUUAAAAUAGACAUUUGUGGGGCUCACACAUUAUAUGAAACGUACCCUCUAAAAAAGAGAAAGAAUCAGGUGGUCAAACUUAGAGCAACAUUGUCUUAUUAAAGCAUAGUUUAUUUCACUAGAAAACAUUUAGUAUCAAGGACUAUUAUAUACUCCAUUACUAGGAAGUUCUUUUUAAAAUGACACUUAAAACAGUCACUGAAAACUUGAUCCACAUCACACCCUCUUUAUUUUCCUUAAACAUCUUGGAAGCCUAAGCUUCUGAGAAUCAUGUGGCAAGUGUGAUGGGCAGUAAAAUACCAGAGAAGAUGUUUAGUAGCAAUUAAAGGCUGUUUGCACCUUUAAGGACCAGCUGGGCUGUAGUGAUUCCUGGGGCCAGAGUGGCAUUAUGUUUUUACAAAAUAAUGACAUAUGUCACAUGUUUGCAUGUUUGUUUGAUUGUUGAAUUCUUGAACAGCCAGUUGACCAAUCAUAGAAAGUAUUACUUUCUUUCAUAUGGUUUUUGGUUCACUGGCUUAAGAGGUUUCUCAGAAUAUCUAUGGCCACAGCAGCAUACCAGUUUCCAUCCUAAUAGGAAUGAAAUUAAUUUUGUAUCUACUGAUAACAGAAUCUGGGUCACAUGAAAAAAAAAGAUCAUUUUAUCCGUCUUUUAAGUAUAUGCUUAAAAUAAUAAUUUAUGUGUCUGCAUAUUGCAGAACAGCUCUGAGAGCAACAGUUUCCCAUUAACUCUUUCUGACCAAUAGUGCUGGCACCAUUGCUUCCUCUUUGGGAAGAGGAAAGGGUGUGUGAACAUGGCUAACAAUCUCAAAUACCCAAAUUGUGAUAGCAUAAAUAAAGUAUUUAUUUUAUGCCUCAGUAUAUUAUUAUUUAAUUUUUUAGGUAAUGCCUAUCUCUUGGUCUAUUAAGGAAAGAAGCAAUCCAUAGAGAAUUCAGGAUAGUUUUGUUUAAAUUUUUGCAGAUUACAUGUUUUUACAGUGGCCUGCUAUUGAGGAAAGGUAUUAUUCCGUACAACUUGUUUUAACCUUUGAGAACAUUGACAGAAAUUAUGCAAUGGUUUGUUGAGAUACGGACUUAAUGGUGCUGUGUAAUCAGUUUGCUUCCAAAGUGGCCUACCCAAGAGGCCCUAAGACUGGUAGAAAUUAAAAGGAUUUCAAAAACUUUCUAUUCCUUUCUUAAACCUACCAGCAAACUAGGAUUGUGAUAGCAAUGAAUGGUAUGAUGAAGAAAGUUUGACCAAAUUUGUUUUUUUUUUGUUGUUGUUGUUUUGAAUUUGAAAUCAUUCUUAUUCCCUUUAAGAAUGUUUAUGUAUGAGUGUGAAGAUGCUAGCGAACCUAUGCUCAGAUAUUCAUCGUAAGUCUCCCUUCACCUGUUACAGAGUUUCAGAUUGGUCACUGAUAGUAUGUAUUUCUUUAGUAAGAAUGUGUUAAAAUUACAAUGAUCUUUUAAAAAGAUGAUGCAGUUCUAUAUUUGUUGUGCUGUGUCUGGUCCUAAGUGGAGCCAGUUAAACAAGUUUCAUAUGUAUUUUUCCAGUGUUAAAUCUCACACAUUGUACUUUGAAAAUUUCCUUCCAUCCUGAAUAACGAAUAGAAGAGGCCACAUACAUUGCCUCCUUAUCCUUGAGAUUUCACUACCUUUAUGUUAAAAGUUGUGUAUAAUUGUUAAAAUCUGUGAAAGAAUAAAAAGUGGAUUUAAAUUAA